AUGAAUUAGUUUAUUUUAAGAUCAAGAAAAAAUGAAUAAUGGCGUAAAUUAUUCCGAAACUUAUCAAAUUUAUAUAAUUCCAUUGAAGUUCUAUAUAAGGUGUUGAAGUACAAAGGAAAUAGACACAGAGUCUAUAUUUUGUCUCCGAACAAAAUGAUAAUAACUUACACAUAUAUGAUCCAACAAGGAUCAUCCUUAAAAGCCCUUUCAUUUUCAAUAAAAUUGUUCAAUAACUUUCUAUAUGUGGAAAAGAAAGGAAAUUAAAGAGGAGUCAAGUAAGUGAACACAUAAAUAAAAACUGAGAGGAUGAAGUAUGAAUCAUAGUAUAUACAGAUGACGUAGUAAUAAUAGCCAAUUAAGAAGUGAUCG